AUGAUGGAAAGCCUAGAGAGCAAUUUUGGCUAUCUGAGCUUAAGAGAUGCGUCCCAACCACUGUCUGAUCCAUCAUGCUUUUACUCAAACGAGCAAGUUUUUAAGGCUUAUGGGAGUCUCCCAGCCAACAGUCAUAGGCGAAAUGCUACUCGAAUAUCUCGCUAUGGGAAUGGAGAAAGUGUCACACAACAGUCUAGUGGUUAUCCUGUAUUCAAUCAGUGGAAUCCUAUUCACCGAUUUGACAACAUUGGUCUUUUCGGCCCCCCACCCCUAAUCUUUGAAGGUGGAACAACAAAUCAUGGCGUUGUUCAGAAUUCAGUUAACAAACAGUAUAAUGACAAACAAAUGUGGUCUAAACCUUUGAAGAAGAGUGAAUAUGAAUUGUUUGACCAACCCAAACGUGGUUUAAACUUCCAGCUGUAUGAUAGCAUACCGGUUACUCAAUCUGGACCUAAUUGGACUCCUGUAGAACCUAUAAAAUCAUUCAAUGAUGUUGAACUUCACCAAAUAAUCAAGGAAAAUGUGACCAGGGCUCAAUAUAUACACCCUACACCAGUGCAAAAGUAUGCUUUGCCAAUUAUCGCUGCAAAACGUGAUUUGAUGGCAUGUGCUCAAACAGGUUCUGGAAAAACGGCAGCGUUUUUGCUCCCAAUACUCAAUAUGCUGUUUGAAGAUAACCACUGUGAAAAUUCAGAUGCAUCGGCACUCAAUUGUACCGCAUGUCCUGUAGCCUUGAUCCUUGCGCCGACAAGGGAGUUAUCUUCUCAAAUUUAUGAUGAAGCCCGAAAAUUUUCGUACCGUUCCAACAUUAAGCCGUGCGUAGUCUAUGGUGGGGCCUCCAUUCUUUCCCAAAUACGGGAAUUAUCCCACGGUUGUAACCUUCUUGUUGCAACGCCUGGGCGUCUUGUCGAUAUGGUGAGCAGGGGUAAAGUGAGUCUGGAACAAAUCAGGUAUGUUCGACUUCAGUUACCAUUAUUCCCCUUGUAUUAUCUUUAG